AAGUUCCAGGAGAGGGGGAGGGGGGAAGGAGAGAUGGGACGUAACAGCUUGGUGUACACGUGACUUCUUGACCUGUGCGUUGCUCUCGACUUCCGCGUCCUCUAUUGGCUCCUGGUCCGGCCAAAGAGAACCUUCUUUUUGCUCGUCUUUCGUGAGAUCAACCUCCGCCACCGACGAGCUAGCGGUCAGGGCUGAUGCAGUUGCUGCUAGUAGCUCUUGGCUAUGCCUGCAGGAGUACCUUGGCCUCGCUACCUGAAAAUGUUCAGUGCAAGCAUGUUGGCCAUGCUUGCUGGUGCAGAAGUUGUCCAUCGAUAUUACAGGCCUGAUCUUACGAUACCGGAAGUUCCUCCCAAGCCUGGAGAACUCAGAACAGAACUAUUGGGGCUCAAAGAAAGAAAUCAGAAAGUUCAGCCUUCACAACAGUGAUGCAAGGAUUAUGUUCCUCCAUGAACUGCUCUUUAGUAUUUAUAAUUGAACCUGUACAAUUUCAGUGUUUUCUGGCAACAUGAGCUAUACAAGUAAUCUAGUGUAUGCCCAUUUUCUGGAGUCAAAAUAUUUUUACUCCCUCCCAUGCAAUACAAGGCAGUCUUUUACUUAGCUGUCUGGUUUGCCUCAAUAUGUACCUGUAGCAUUGCUCUCUACACAUGGCACAAUAUGCCAGUACUGAUUAUUUCCCCUUUUCCUUAAAAUGGUUUCUGUAGGUUUUUGAUGGUGUUAAGCUUUUCUACCUUUUUGCUGAAAAAGGUCUGCAGAGUGACUUCCAAAGAUCAAUGAGCCAGGUUGUCAGCCCAAGGGCAGGGACUAAGAUGUGACACAAGAUAUCUCAUAGAAUAGGGACACUGAGGAUCAUCAACCCCCUGCAAUGCAGAAAUAUGCAGCUCUCAAAACACCUCCUCGGAAAGAGUUGCAAUGCAUUUGCAACGGACCUUACAGACUGCCUAUUUGGGGCAUAGGAAGAACUCUGCCAGCAUCUCAUCAGCCCCUCACCAGAGCAGAUACAUCCAUUGUUGUAGGCUGCUCACAAUUCUAUAAUGGGCUUCCAAAAGCAAGGGUGUCAGCUUAUCUUAAAGUGGCUGUAAUGGAGGUGGAUUUGCAGGGUGAGGACUGUUCUAGCACUGCAGCCUCUGUACUAAAGGCAGCAAAAUGACACCCACUAAAGAACAGCUAGUUCCAGUCGUGGGAGGGUAACCCAGUUGAUGAAAACAACAGGGAUUGGAGAUGGAUGGUUGCCUCCUUGGGUUUUCACUCCCUAAAAGUGGUGGUGCAAUAAACUCAUGUUUCACAAACUGUGUGAAGUGUGCUUUCUGUAGGCUACAAUCCUAAUGUAUCUACCUCAUUGAGUUCACUAGUAUUUCUUGAGUAGAAAUGGUUGUGAUUGUCCUUUAAGUCUAUGUUAAGAGCAGACAGUUUAAUAUAAGGUGUCUAUAGUUAUCUGCUGUACUAAAUACUUUUUUUUACCGCAGUGGAAGGUAUCACUGCUGCUGUUCAGGAUUUACCACCUUAUAGAUGGACAUGUACAUUCUAUACUUAGGAAGACCUUGUGUAUGAGUUCAGAAUUGACAACUGAUACAAAGCUCAACGUGUCAUGUGACCACAUGUCUCUGCUAUAGUUUUCAUUUUUUUGCUGCCUAGCUCCUCGAUACAAUGCAUCACGUAGGCUGUAGUUCCACCUUGCUACAUCUUCCAGCACCACAAUAUUCCAUCUGUGAAUUUCCCGUUUUUGCAUAUCACUCACAGACAUCUUAAUUAUGCAAUAAAUGAGUGUUCAGGGUUUUUAUGUGUUUGUUCUGAAACCGCAACUAGUCAGGUAUUGUUAAUAAAUGAGGUCCACUAUUUUCAUACAAAAAUCAGGGAAGUAAUUUAAUUUAACCUCUUUUAAAAACAUACAGAACCUGGAAAUAAAUUGGGCAUUCUACUUGUUUGAGGAAGCACAAGUAAUUUAGAACCUGCCUAUUAUAGCUGUGAACAACUACUGUUGUAAUAGCAGAAUUGACAGAAUAGAAUGGAUUCCUAUUUCCAAUCCCCUAUAUU